AUGCACUAUUAUGGGGAGCAGUACAAGUACCUGUAUGUGCCAGGAUCGGGCUAUACUGCCGAGGGCAUCCAGCAGCGCACGCCCCAGUCCGACGCGUGCAGUACCACGUGCCACCCCAUCAGUGUGAUCAAGAGCCCGGUGCCGAGAUGGCAAAGCUACGCGCAGCCUUUCAGUUACGUGUGCCCGCAGCCACGUGUGACCCAGACCUCUCUGCUGUCUCCUCAGCCCUACGUGCAGCGUGUCCUGCUGUACCCCGAGCCUUGCGAGACCACUCGCCUUCUGCCCUGCAGGAAGCCCAGCGUGAAGCUGAGCACGAUGCAGAGUCUCCAGCCCUGCGAGACCAGCCGUCCUGAGAAGAAGCGUAUGGCCAAGAGCCUCCCACCAUGCGCACCCAGGUGCCCAGAGCCGGGCAAACUCAAGUUCCCACCAUGUGGGAUCAAAUACUCGUCCUCCUGCAAGGACGAAUGCAGGACGCAGAAGAUAUCCAAAUGCUCGUUGCGGCGGUACGGCACUGAGCUCCAGUCCCCGCAGGGGUUGACCAGCGGCUAUUCCCCACCUCUGCGGGGGGUCACCGAGUGCCCCCCGCAGCAGUGCAGGACGCAGUCGUUCCUGCAGGAGUACGUGGGCGGGUUCCCCCAGCAGAAGUGCAUGAAGGGCUACCCAACGCAGGAGUGCAUCACCACCUACUCCUCGCAGCAGUGCCUGACCAAGUGCCCGCCGCAGCCAGACGUACCCAAGUGCCCCCCUGGGCAGGGGGUAAAGGGGUGCUCCCCGCAGAAACAGGCAGCCAAGUGCUCGCUGCCGCAGGAGGGAGUCAAGCACAAGAGCUCCUCAACACAACACCUGAGCAAGUCCAAGUGCCUCUACCCACGGGCCACCCACCACUCGACGCAGCAUCACGCCGGGGGGGCGAAACGCUCGAGCCACUCCAAGAAGAGUCGCUGUGCCUCAAAAUGGCUGUGGUGA